AUGACGAACGCGUCAAAGACCAUCCCGCGCGAUGGCCGGUUGCUCGCGCUGAUCCUCGCGUCCAAGGGCAUCCAGGAUGCCGACGAGCGCGUGAUCCACCAGCUGCUCGACUUUGCGUACCGAUACACCGGUGACGUGCUGCAGCAGGCGCAGGCGCUCGCCGACCACGCUGCUCGACCAGGUCCGGGCAAGAUUGAGAAGGAAGAUGUUGAGCUUGCCAUCCAGCUCCGACGGCGGCAUGAGUUUGUCGAGGCGCCUCCGAGAGAUUACCUUGUGAAUCUCGCGCACGAGCUGAACAGCCAACCUCUGCCACCGCUGCCCGAGUCGUUCGAGGUCGUGCGCCUUCCCCCUCCCUCUCAGCGCUUGACGGAGGUCACGUUCGACCUCGUUCCGGAGACAGCUGCUCUCAGCGACGAUGACCUGCGCUCUGAUUCGGAGAGCGAGAGCGACGACGACGCGGACGGUGAUGAGGAGGAGCCGCAGGGCGAUGCGGAUGGUGAGGAGGAGGCUGAUGGCGAGGAUGAGGAGAUGGAGGAGGUCGUCGCCGAGCCCGAGCGCGAGGUUGACGAGGACUACGACGCAUGA